AUGAAGAAGCAGCGACAAGCAAACGACGUUGGGUCAUGGCGUCCCCAGCCGACACCGCCGUCGAUGCCGUCGCUGCAGCAUCAGCAGCCGUUGCAGCCGUUGCAGCAGCAACAGCAAGCCCAGCAGCAAGCACCGCCGCAAAACGCGUUCGCUAAUCAUUCCGCCUGGUUUAGCCCUUCCCAUUAUGGCCAGCAACAACCCGACCUGACUCGGCGCGACCAGCAGAUGGACUUCCGAGCGUACGCCCCAACCCCACAGCCGUCGACCCAGCAGCAGCAACAGGCGCAACAGCAAGCGCAGCAUCAGCAGCAGCAGGCCCAGCAGCAUCCGCAGCAUCAACAACACCAUUCUGCUCAAGCCGUGCAGCCGACUAUGGCUCACGCUCCACAGCCGCAGACACCAGUGGUCCAGCAACAGACGCCUACGCAGUCUCCGGCCCCGUCCUCGAGACGAAAGCGCGCUGCCCCCGGCGCCCACCCGCCGGCCCAUGCUUCCCACCCUCAACAGCAUCCCGCCUCCCAUGCGCAACAGCAUCCCCCUUCGCAUGCGGCCCAGCAUACAGCACAUGUCCAGCAACUCCCUCCACAUGCUGCUCAUAACCAGUCGCAACAUGUUGCAGCGCACCCUUCUGCUCCUGCUCUGCCCCAGCAGCAACAGCAGCAGCAGCAGCCGGCCCAAGUUGCGCAGCCUGCCACCGUUGCUCCGCCGCAAGUCGCUCAGGCGCCGAUCCAGCAGCAGCCCUCCGCUCCGGCGCCCGUCCCGCCUCAGCCGGUUGCGGCCCCCGCGCAGCCUACCCCAACCGACGACGGUCCCAUGAAUCCCCCUCCCGCGAAGAAGAGCCGGACAAAUACUCCCUGGACACCUGCCGAGGAGCUCCUGCUGAAGCAGAUGCGUGACGCCGGCAACAGCUGGGCUGAUAUUGCCAAGAAGAAAUUCCCAACUCGGACUGAGGGUAGUGUUAAGAAGCAUUGGUACAAGGACAUGCAUUAUGCCGAAUUUGCUGAAGACGAGAGCCACGCACUCAUGAACGCCAUCAAGGAGUAUGAGAACAACAAGUGGAAGUCAAUUGGCGCCAAGGUCGGCAAACCAGCGAAGGCGUGCGAGCAAUAUGCAAAGGAACACUGGCCGGAUCUCUUCCCCGCGCAGAAAGGCAGAUAG